AUGCCGUAUAAUGUGAACCGCUUAUGCCGGUCUCUCUGCGGCCUGAGCAAGAUCCACAGGCAGUGCCGGACGUUAUGUACCCCGACGGAUCCAUCUGGCUUGGUGGCAAGCCGGUCUGAAAUCGGCCGUGAAGCGUGGAAAAAUAUCGUAUGGUCACGUCAUACAAGACGUAUAAGCACGCAGAAAGACACGCCAAACCAUGUGUCGGCGGAGCGGCGUCAAUACGAGGGCGCCGGUGCCGCCUUCCACUGCGGAUGGUCUAGCCGGGGCGCAGCGCAGGGGUCGGAAAGCGCCGCGCUACUAUCGGCAAAGCGUUCGCAUACAUCGGGACCGAAUAUUGAGCGCUCAGAUGAGAUAAAGCGCAUCAAGGCAGGGAAGGUCCUGACCCUUCGCGACCUUCUAUGGCCGAGGGACCACAUGCUCAAAAAGCGAAUCGCCAUAAGCAUGGUAUGCCUGGUCCUCUCCAAGCUCUCUACUAUUGUAAUACCGUUAUGCAUGUCGGCAAUGAUCGACGCUAUGGCGGCUAACCCGGCAGCGAACGCCGGUAUGCUCGCGUACCUGGGACUCGGCGGGCUAGUAACGACGCCGUUUGGCAUUGCACAGGCUUACCUGGUGGCGUAUUGUUUGGCUAGGGUAUCGUCUGCGUUUUUCACGGAAACGAGGAAUGCGGUCUUCAGCACCGUUAUGGAACGUACGGGGAUGCUCAAUGCGUCUAAAAUGUUCAUGAAGAUUCACUGCCUAGACAUCGAUUUCCUGAUCGCCGCAAAAUCCGGUGAAAUAUCCAACGUUUUCACACGGGGGAUCAAGGCGAUAUCGCAGGUGCUCAGGAUACUCGUCUUCCAGAUCGUGCCGACGGUGCUCGAGUUCGCCAUGGUCACCGCCCUGCUCUGCUACAAGCUGGGCCCCGCUAUUGCGUCGCUCACUGUCGGCACCAUGAUCGUGUACGUGCUGUUCACGGCUUUGGUGACGCAGAAGAGGAUGGUUUUGCGGAAGCAAAUGGUCAAUGCGGAACAAUGCGCCGCGGGCGUCUUCACGGAUUCCAUCACCAACGCAGAAGCCGUGCGAUAUUAUAACGCAGAAAACAGGGAGCUGCAGCGAUACGCAUCGCAGCAGUCCGAUUACGAAAACAACGCAGUGCGAGUGCAGCAGUCACUCGCACUGCUCAACUUUGGCCAAAACGCCAUCUUCAACACCGGGCUCUUCUUCUCGAUGUGGCUGACGCUCAAGGGCAUUGCGGAAGGCACGGCACACUUCGGAGGCCUCAUCCUCGUCAAUACCCUCCUCUUCCAGCUCGCCAUACCGCUCAACCUCAUAGGGACCAUGUACAGGGAAACUAAGACGAGCAUGGUCGACCUGCAGAAGUUCCUGAACCUCAUGAAGCACGAGCCCAAAGUUCACGACAAACCAGGGGCCAAGGAUUUGGUCAUAAAAGCGGGCAAAAUAGAGUUUAAAAACGUCUGCCAUGCGUACGAAAGUAACGUUGGAGCCCUGAAAAUCCUCGAGGACUUUUCGUUGACGGUGGAGCAGGGGAAAACAGUCGCCAUUGUCGGCAACUCGGGGACUGGCAAGACCACCAUCGCCAAGAUGCUGUUCAGGUUCUACGAACCGUCCGCGGGCCAAAUACUGAUCGAUGGUCAGGACAUCAGGGACGUCACCCUCGGCAGCCUCAGGAAUGCUAUUGGCAUAGUGCCACAGGACGUUGUCCUCUUCAACGAAACAAUCGAGUACAACAUUAGAUACGGCAACCCGGACGCUUCAAUGGAAGACGUCAUCGCAGCGGCCAAAAGGGCUGGCAUAGACGAGACCAUACAACACCUGCCAUUGGGUUACGACACCGUGGUCGGAGAACGGGGUAUGAAGCUCAGCGGUGGCGAGAAGCAGCGAAUCGGCAUUGCCAGGUGUUUCCUAAAGAACCCGAGCAUACUGGUGUUCGACGAGGCCACGAGCUCGCUAGAUGCGAUGACGGAGCACAAAAUACUGUCGGCGUUCAGGAACCUCAGCGCCGACAGGACCACCAUAGUCAUCGCCCACCGGCUGUCGUCGAUCGUCGAGGCAGACGAGAUCGCUGUCUUCUGCGACGGAAAGAUAAUCGAGAAGGGGGAAACGGAGCAACUGAUGAACAACCCGGGUGGUUACCUUCAGCAGAUCAUCAGAUCGAACCAGAUUAUCCACUAA